GCCGAACUGCGAGGAUGCAGCAGCGGAAGCGGGGCGGGCCACGCCAGCUCCUCGAGCUCGUCAAGAUCGCGCACGCCGUACAGUCGCCGACGUCCAGCUACACGUACCUUCCGCGCCGGUACACGGUCCCGGCGGAGGCGCCGUGGCCGACUUGCCUUCGCGGCAAGGUCGUCAACCUCACCACGUUCUGCGCAGCGUACGCCCACCGCAAGCUGCCGCCGUCGAUGCAGUCGGCGCUCGACGCAAUGAACUUUGUCUCUGAUCUACGCGAGCUCAGGUGGGCGCAGCAUCUCAUGGCGCUUCGCGCGUACAAGGCGAUAUCCGGCGAUCUCGACGUGCCCGCAGACUUUGUCGUGCCCAGCAACGACGCAGCGUGGCCACGCGACGUCUGGGGCGUCAAGCUCGGCCGCGUCCUCUCGAGCCUCCGCGCCAAGAUCACCGAGCUGCCGGACGCGCGCCAGCGGCAGCUGCAGUCGAUCGGGCUCUUGGCGACGUACGACUCGUGGUACGACACGCUGCUAGCGCUGCAGGUCUACAAGAACCUCCACGGCCACAUGCGCGUGCCCCGAACAUUCGAAGUGCCGACGGACUCGCCCGAGUGGCCCGACGACCUCUGGCGCAUGAAGCUCGGCAUGAAGGUCACGUAUCUCCGCGCACGCGCCGAGAAGCUCGAUCCCGCCAAGCGUGCGCAGCUCGACGACCUCGGGUUUCUCUGGCGCGGCGCCGUCGAGUGGGACCUCCUCCUUGAAGCGCUUACAACGUACAAGUCGAUCUUUGGGCACACACGCAUGCCACCAUACUACACGAUCCCAGCGUCCGACCCGCAGUGGCCGCCCGAGUUGUGGCACCUGCCGCUCGGCGAGGAGGUGCAUGCUCUGCAAACCUCCACCGCACUCACAUGGGACCAAGUGACCGAGCUCGAGGCGCUCGGCGUCCUCGGGAUUCUCCAGCCCAAGACCAUGGACUGGCCCACGAAGCUCGCGGCGCUGACCAUCUACCAUGGGCUGCACGGCCACGCCAACGUGCCGCAUCGCUUCAAGGUGCCCGACCGCAGCGCGCUCUGGCCGCAGCGCUUUUGGCAGCUCAAGCUCGGGGCCGUCGUGCAGGGCCUGCGCCACGGCCCGCCGCUGAGCGCCGACAAGAUGGACGCGCUCGCGAACCUCGGGUUCGCGUGGACGGUGAGUGCCUACUCGUGGGAAAACAAGCUGCUGGCGCUGCACAGCUUUGGCCGCCUGCACGGCCACCUCAUGGUGCCAUCUGGCUUUAUGGUUCCGAGCGACCAGGCGUGGCCGGCGUCGACGUGGGCGCUGAAGCUCGGGCACAUUGUGAGCGGCCUUCGGCGCAACCGACGCCGACUGACGUUGGCGAUGCGCGCGCAGCUCGACGCGCUCGGGUUCCUCUGGCACGAAGCGCUGCCGUGGACCACGUUUGUGGCCGCCGUCGCCGCUUUCCACGCUUUGCACGGCCACGCCAACGUCCCCAGCUCCUUCGUCGUCCCAGCCUCAAAGGUCGAAUCGGCCGACAGCGAAGAGGCCAUGUGGCCCGCCGACGCCGCGGGACUCCCGAUUGGGCGGUCGCUGCGUCGACUGCGGUCGCUCGUGCACGCCGGCUUCCUCGAUGCCACGAAGAAGGCGGCCUUGGAAGCGGUCGGUGUCCGGUGGCGCCACGAUGCGACGACGGCCGUCCCGAUCCACGCAGCGCUCGUGGUCUACCAACGCGUGCACGGGCAUGUGCGUGUGCCGCCAACGUUUGUUGUGCCAACCUGCGACUCGGCAUGGCCCUCGACGCUGCGGCGCUUUCGUCUCGGCGCGUACGUUGAGCUGCUUCGGUGCGCCCAAGACGGUGUCGCGCCCAGUGUCGUGCACGAGCUCACGGCGAUGGGCUUGAUGCACUGGUCGAGUGCGGCGGAUGCCCAGUGGACGACGAUCUUUGCCGCGCUCUCGCUGGCCAAGACGCAGGAGGGGCAUCUGGAUUUACCCCCGCGUCUUCUCUUGCCUGUCGAGAGCGACAUGUCGAGCGCUGCCUCGACAGCGUCGCUCGAGCCCGACACGGCCGGGCUCGACGUUGGAGGCAUCGUGGCCCGGCUCCGCGCGCUUCGGUACCUUUUGCCUCGAGACCGCCGACGCGAGCUCGAGGCGUUGGGCUUUCAAUGGUCGUCGCCGUCCGUUGCGGACGUUCUGAGCGUCUACGGCCAGAUUCAUGGUGAUGCGAACGUACCGCCGUCGUACUGCGUGCCGACGCACGACCUGCGCUGGCCUGUCGAGAUGGCGGGCUUUCCACUGAGCUACAGGUUGCAACAUUGCGUCGCUGCCAACGCGGCGAGCGAUGUCGUCGCCCUUGGGUAUAGUCCACGCGACGAACCCGACGAGGCGCCGUCGUGGGCGACAGAGGUGGCGGCGCUGCAGCUCUACAUGCGUCAUAACCGGUCGCCCGACGUGCCGAGCGACUUUGUCGUGCCAAGCGACGACGACUCCUCGUGGCCACCGGCGCUGUGGCGCCUGCCCCUCGGCGCCCUCGCGCUCACGUGGCACGCGUCUGAGCCCUAUCUCUCGCACGCCCAGUGGCGCGACCUGACCGACGCCGGGUUCCUGUGGGCGCCCCUGGAUGUCGACUACGAUGUCGCAUACGCUGCGCUGGCAACCUACGCGCGCCUCUCGACGCCGUGGCGGGACGUGGAUUGGGCGUUCAGCGUGCCGACGGGCGACGCAGCGUGGCCGAGCGAGACGUGGGGUCUCCGCCUCGGCUUUCUCGUGGCCAAGCUGCGCGCCAACGACGUGCUCUUGCUCCCGAACGAGUGGAUGGCGAUCGAAGCGCUCGGUGUGCUCGAUGUAGAGCAGUCAAAGUAG